AUGACCAGCAGAGGUCCUGAGGGGAGUGGGAGUGUUGACCUGACCACAGGGUGUGGGGGGCAACCAGAAGCAUCAGAGGUGCAGGGGUGGGUGGAGGUACAGAUGUGGGCAGAAGUCCAGAUGCAGGCAGAGGUCUGGAUGCCAGGAGCACCAAGGGCUCGGGAACUGGAGGACAGGGGGGCCAGACAUCGGGUUGGGGGCUGUUUAGGAGGGUUUCAGGGGGGUGCCAAUUAUGGAAAGUCGGCAAAGAGCCGAAAACUGUAUAGUUCCCAACUCCCAUUUGUAGCGGCUUCACAGGAGGUUGAGAAGGUUACCCUUCUUCUCAACUCAUUUCCUGUGAAGGCUGGGGCUAGCCCCCUCAGUGAGUUUGAGGAUCUUGGACUGGGACUAGACACCCCAGCAACUAGGAGGAUCUCCCUGGCCCUGUCAUGGAACGAGGGCCAGACCCUGACACUGACAGAGCCCCAGGAUUUGUUGGUCAUGACACUGUCCUCACACUAG